UUGGCCACAGGAGGACUGAACAGAUCUGAUCAGGGCAAGAAGGAAUAAGGAAACCAGUUCUCUCUCUCUCUCUCUCUCUCUCUCUCUCUCUCUCUCUCUCUCUCUCUCUCUCUCUCUCUCUCUCUCUCUCUCACACACACACACACACACACACACACACACACACACACACACACACACACUAACUCACUCACACACCACGUCCUCUGAGAACUCAGCUGGCUGCGACCGCGCACACCCCGCCCCAGCGCGCGUCCCAGGCCGGUGGAGCGCAGAUCCAGAUCCCCAGCGCGGCCGCUUGGCCGGGUGUUCCCGAGCUUCAGGUGGCGCGAGAGGGAAAGCCCGCGCGUGACAACCCGGUUGCGCACGCCGAGACCUUCAGCCCUCCGGUCCUCGAGGGGAGCGGAACCAGCGCGUCUGCCACUCAGAGCCCACCUGCCGGCCCUCGCGGGCCCGCUCCAGCUGUGCCCGGCUCCGGGCGCCAGCUCCGCCGCUGGAACGCUACCCUAACUCUGACUCCGUCUCCUGCGCCUCCUGAGUGCCCCAGACGACCCGAAGAAGCGUGGCGCGACAGCAGGAGCUCGCAAUGGCCGGCGCGCGUGGGUUACUGUGUCUGUGGCUGGGCUGCUUCUGCCUGAACCUGGCGCAGGGACAGAGACCGAGCCAGCACCUCUCUGAGCCCCGCCGGGCUGGGACAGACGACCGCACGACAGGUGGUGACCUGCCGCCGCACGACAAGGUGUCUGAGCAUAUGCUGUGGCUCUAUGAUAGAUACAGCGGCGGUAGUAGAGUUCAGGACACCCGGACGCCCGGCUCGCAGCCCCUGGGUCCCCAGCCUCUGCGCGGUGGCAACACGGUCCGCAGUUUCCGAGCCGCAGCUGCAGGAACUCUUGAAAGAAAGGGGCUGCACACCUUUAACCUGACUUCUCUGACCAAGUCUGAAAAUAUUUUGUCAGCCACACUGUAUUUCUGUAUUGGAGAAUUAGUGAACAUCAGCCUGAGCUGUCUGGUAUCCCGAGGAUGCCCCCAUCAUGCGCAGAGACAACACAUACAGAUAGAUCUCUCUGCGUGGAUCCUCAAACCCAACCAAAGCCAGCUCCUGGGUCACCUGUCAGUAGAUGUGCCCAAGCUUUAUCGAGACAGCAUGACUUGGCUGUCGAAAGACAUCACCCACCUCCUAAGAAAGGCCAAGCAGGACGAGGAGUUCCUCAUAGGGUUUAACAUUACUUCCAGAGCACAUGAGCAGCCCAAGCGCAUGCGACUUUCCCCGGAGCCUUACAUCUUGGUGUAUGCCAACGAUGCCGCCAUUUCUGAGCCAGAAAGUGUGGUAUCUAGCUUACAGAGACACAGAGAUUUCCCCGAAGGAACUGUGCCCAAACUGGACAGCCACAUCAGAGCUGCCCUCUCGGUUGAAAGGAGGAAGAAGCGUUCUACUGGAAUCCUGUUGCCUCUCCAGAACAAUGAGCUACCUGGGGCAGAGUAUCAAUACAAGGAGGAUGGCGUGUGGGAGCAGAGAAAGCCUUACAAGACCCUUCAGACUCAGCCCCCUGAAAAGAGUAAGAACAAAAAGAAACAGAGGAAAGGGCCUCAUCAGAAAGGCCAGACACUGCAGUUUGAUGAACAGACCCUGAAGAAGGCAAGACGAAAGCAAUGGAUCGAACCUCGAAAUUGUGCCAGGAGGUACCUCAAAGUGGACUUUGCUGAUAUUGGCUGGAGUGAAUGGAUUAUCUCCCCCAAGUCAUUUGAUGCUUAUUAUUGCUCCGGAGCCUGCCAGUUCCCCAUGCCAAAGGUAGCCACUGUCAUUUACUUUGUGCUCGCUUUGUUUUUGCAUGGGGUAGAGGAGCACGCUGAGUUCUUUGAAGCCAUCAAAUCAUGCAACCAUUCAGAGUAUAGUGAGAGCAGUGGGGGUCGUCUCUGGAAUUCCCGAGCCUUGCUGUGUGCCCGAAAAGAUGUCCUCGCUCAGCAUCUUGUUCUUUGAUGAAAACAAGAAUGUAGUGCUGAAGGUCUACCCUAACAUGACAGUGGACUCCUGUGCCUGCAGAUAACCUGGCAGAGAAGGAAGUCAAAGGCUCCAUUCAGUCACUGGUUGGGUUUUAUGGACCAUUUCUUUCUUCUUUCCUUUCUUUUUCACUCUAUUUGUUUUUGCACUGCCAAUGCGUUUUGUCCCAAAAGAUGUUUUAUUGCAGAAAGAGAAUGAUCAAAUAGAUGGAAAAUUUCCACCAAGCAAAACUGAACUUUAUUUUCUUCUGAAUGUAACUAAAAAUAAGAUUUCGGUAAAUGUGGACAUCUAUUUCUUUUUUUUAAUCACAUAAGAAAAGCUAUUACUCAAACUGACUUUAGGAGUGUUACAGACCCUGUUGACUUAUUUUUGUAUUGGGAUUUAAAACUAGGUGGGAAAUAAUAGCAAUAACUUACCGUUUGUCUCUACUCAUCUAACGACGAAAGAGACGUAGAUAGGAAUCUUGAGGUUUUUAUUAGUUUUUUUGCCUUAGAUUCAUGAGCAACCCAGUCUGCUAUACACCCAGCUGGCUUUGAUGUUCAUGAAGAAUUCCUGAGAUUUGUUUACCUUUGCUUUUUCUCCACAAUCAUGGUGUGUGUUGAGUUAGCAUAUGCUGAGGGCUAGUGUGUGUAUACACGUGCCGGGUGCCUGUACUUUUGUUAAAACCUUUUUCCUUUUGUGGUUCUGAAGCUCCAUCUUCAUGGGAUUCCUUUUCUUUUUCAAUAUCAUAUUCUGAUGAGCACCAUCCAUUGGUGAUUGCCAUGACUCAAGAGCAUAUGCCAAGAGCAAUGCUUGAUACAGCCAUCUGAUGGGAUGUUUUCAUUUCACUGCAUUCCAGAAAAAGAGAAUCAGGAAUUCCAUUUUUGAAAACCCAGAUGUAGUUCUCCUGUACCUCCUUUAAAAAGAAAAAAUAACAUUUUCAUAUGCUCUAAGCUAAUUUCGGAAGUACUUCCUGAAGUUAUCGGUUCUCUAGUUCUCUUGCUAUUAUCCUCUUUCUUCGUGUGCUGCUGUCCACAGACGUUGAGGCUUAAAGCCCAUUAGAAAUGACCACGUGAAUGACUAUCAUGUUCCCCAUUUAUUUCUAGGCUCUCCUCCACAGAGAUCAAGGUAUCAGCCUUCAUCACGGAACUUACAGUCACUUAUAUCAAAGUUUGCUAAAAGCUAUCCACUAAGAAAGAGAGCCAGUCCAGACCACAGUGUGUUUCCGUAUCCAACAGUCGAAAGUGCCUCCUUUUAGAAUUUUUGUCCUUGAAAACUGCUUUAUAGUCUUUCCCUCAGAAACUGGAAAUGUAUCUCAGUGGGUAAAAGUGCUUACUCCCCAAGUCAUUCCUGGGACCAACAUGGUGGAAGGAGAGGAAGGACUCCCACAAGUUAUCUUUUAACCUGUGCUCAUGUGUGCAUGCACACACACACAUCCACCCCCCCAUACCCCCCACACCCCCACACACACAUGUACACACAAUGUAAACAUUUCAAAGAUCUUGUGACUGUUUUUACCUGAAGGACAGAGUAAAUUCAGGUAGUGUGUGCCUGGCGGUUGUCUCUUAGAUCAGUCUUACAUGAUGAUCAGAAAUAAGAAAGUCACUUCAGAGUGUAUAUGAGAUCAGAACCCAUGAGGCUUUAUCCCAUUUCUGCCUUUAGCUGUCUACAGAGCUCAGCCGUUAUCAAAGGAUGAAAGUUUGCUUUCUAAGAUGAGCUGUCUCGUACAUAGUCUUUCAUGGGUGACAUUUUAAUUAAUAAAAUUUUAUUUAAAUGGAAUACAUAAAAACACAUUGCCUAUUCGAAAUGUGUUAGGCACAAGUUUCCGUAUGGUGCCAUUGUAAGAUUUUGAGAAUUCUUCUAUACAAUAUUGGGGUUGAUGGGAAAAGCAUUACAUUUUUAAAAGCUGUUUCCUAGAUUAAACCUGCUUGGCCAUCUCUAUUUCUCUCUUUCCCUUCUCAACCUCACUCUUCCUCCUGUCUUUCCCUUCAAACACUGCUCUAUCCAUUCUUCCAGAUAAACACACACACAACAAAAAGAUACACAAAGACAUAUACACACAGGGAGACACAUUUGAAAAUAAAAUAAUUAUUUUUAUUAAACAAAAAAGUCUACAAAAUCCACAAAAAUACCACUGGGUUAGUUUUGUGUUGAGCAUAUUUACUCCUGGACCCAGAGCCCGCCCUGCAGUGUGGUUAACAUAGCCAGCAACACUCCACUGGAGAAUACUAAUUUUUCAUCUGCAGGUGGGUAUCAGUUUCAGAAAGCUUCUUGAUUAGGGGUGGGAGCCUGUGUCUGCCUCCCCACUUAGAGCUAGGAUCCCAUCUGGCUUGAAUCUGUGCAUUCUUUUCCUGAUAACUGUUUUCUGGAAUUCCAGUUAAGGGAUUACCCAUAUCCAUGCAGUAUUUCAAGAAUUCUUCAUUGUAACCUGUGUAAAUAAUAUAUAAUUUACAGAAUCUAAUGCUGUAGAAGGAAACUGGAUAUUGAACGCCUUAGAUCUCAGGAUUGCAGUAUUCCAGAUUAAAUUUUAUGCUCACCUAGCUAUGUAUUAACUGAUGAUCAUUUAUUCAUUGAUAUAAUGUUUUACUAUUUCUGUAUAAAAGUCUUAUUACCCAUUUAAUAUUUCAUAGACAAUUGUAAGUAAUACUAUCAUCAGUCUGACUUAUACAAUUUUUUUUAACUACAUUAUUCAGUUAAUCUUGAAGCUUUCAAUUUUCUCUGUGCUACCAAGUAACAAAUGUCUGAACAUGUUAAAUCAAGGUUGGGUUAGAGAAUAGCUAUGCAUACCUGAUCUAUAAAGAUGAGUAAGCAACUACGUAAGAAAUCUUGGGUAAGUCUGAUUUCUCAGUAUUUUAAUGUAGCUUAUAAGGGAUAAAAUGAUCCCCCUUUUUCCAAAAACAAAAUUUUCCCUUCAGCUUUUCACACUAAUUUCUGUAAAUGUUUAAGUUGAAAAUUUGAUGCUUGUACAGUCAGUGGCAAUUUAAAUAUAUAUUAUAUGUAUAUGGAAAAAGUUUAAAGAUGCUUUUAAUUUAUUUAAUGACUGUUGCGUUUCUAUAUUGGUAAUGAUUUUCUUCCUUACAAGGUGAGAAAACAUCUUUUUUAUUUUUUUUUUUUUACUAUAGUUCCUAGAUGGGACAUGCCAUUUGGUUCUUUAGUCAAGUCCAUGUCAAGGGUGUCUCAGUGUAACUGUGAAGGGAACUUCACUACUGAUGUAUUAAGCUUUGCUGAACUUGUAUCAUUCUUCUCCAGUAACGAAGGACUUUCAUUCUAUAUUACAAAAAUAA